CACCUCCCUGCCACUCCUGCCCGCAGCCAUGUCCACCGAAUCUGCCGCCGCCCCUGCUCAAGCGCCGGCUCCGGCCAUGCGCAAGAACGGCAAGCAAUGGCACCAGCCGAAGAAGGCCUUCCGCCCCGGUUCCGGUCUCACGUCCUACGAGAAGCGCACCGAAGAGCGCAAGGCCCUCGCCGCCGUCAAGGCCAAGGAAAAGGAGCUGAAGGAUGAGAAAGAGGCCGCGAGACAGGCACACGUCCAGAACAUCAAGGACAGGCGCGCGAAGAAGGAGGAGCGCGAGAGGCACGAGAAGAUGGCCGCCAAAAUGCACGCCAAGCGAGCCGAGCGCCUGAAGAGACGGGAGAAGCGCAACAAGAUGCUCAAGUCUUGAGGGAGGAACGCGAAGUCGGCAUAUUACAAGCAUAAUACAAAAGGCGUGUGGGACAAUCGGCUUGUUAGACAGGAUUGGCGUCAGGCGUAGGACUACACGCAAUUCGCGUUGGGUUACAGCAGCAUUCGAACUGCGGCAUUUUCGAAUUUUCUGGCAGGCAAAGAAUUUAGCCUGGUUACCGAACCCCGCCUAGUAACUGCUCGCCUGGGGAGGGAUCUAGACGCAUGUUCGCCAAGAGAGGGAAAGGAUUGUAUCAGCGGUAAAAGCUAAGCAAUCGACAUAUCGUACCCAUACAACGCCACGAGCUUGUCGUAUGCCAUAUUGAGGCGGGUUUGGUUUGCUGUAGGUCCAUCAUGACCGAGCAGAGGAUUUAUACUGGCGACACAACGGUCGUCCACAAGAAAUUGGAAUGGGAAACUAGGUAUAUUGACAGUUUCUAUCAAUCGUAGUAGC